AUGAAAUUGAAAUUUGUUUUAAAUUUAACCUUCAUACCCACCCUCUAUGUGUUGUUUGUUCUGCUGGAGGGAUUACUGGAAAAUGGUGUAAUGGCCCAAAGUAAUGAGCCUUUGUUUGAAAUACCCGUACAGCUGAUUGGUUUUCCGGUUAUUGUGGCAUCCGUACGCCUCUCGCAGUUUGCCAAGAAGUUGGCGUACUCUUUGAAUCCAAAUACUUACCGGGCCCGCAGCAAACGUGACACCGCCCAUUUGGCUUACGAUGCAGAAUAUGCCCAAAAGGAAAUCCAAAGGGAGUUUGGUCAACGUGCCUGCAUUUUGGAAGAACCUUGUCGUCUGCAUGCCUCACGUCCAGGACGUGCCAGCCAAACACAUCCCAACUGGUCGGAAGUCUUCAGUAACUACAAAGUGCAAUCAACCGGCAUGAAACAAUGGUAUUUGUUGUCGUUGUUCAUUGGCGAUGCUGUGCGUGAUGUGCCCCUCUGUCGUUUGUUGGCCAAGAGGAUGCCAUGUCCAGGCGUUGGUCCCCUGCCGCCACCACAGCCACGUUAAGGCGGGGAACGAAGAACUUAACUGACUGAAAUGCCACUGAAGUGUAGAGAAGGUAGAUUGCCCAGGACUACCUCUUAGUAAAGUAUUUUCUUAUUUCAUCUUCUGCUGCUGUUGCUGCUGAUUCUACAUCCCUUUACUUACUUGCAUCCUGUGUAAAUAUGGAAAGAAGGAGCUGGAAAAAAACUUACCCUUUUUUAUUUAUAUUUAAUGGCUAUCUUACGCUUUUAUUUGCUUUUUUACCAUUAUCCUGUUUUGUUUCCCCUCCCUUUUCUCUUCUUGGCUGCUGAAGGACAUUGGCUAGAAGGAGGCAAUGAAUUGGCACAUGAAAACAGGAAAAAAAAACAAUCUUACAAAUAUGACAUGGAACUCCUGCCUCAAUGAGUGGCAUGAAAUUUAAAGACUUUUUAUCUUUUGCAGAGAAAGGAAGGAAAUCAAGACCCCAAGUUGGGGGAGCUGUAAUGUAAGUGUGAGUGUAUGUAUGUGUGUUGGGGAAAGUGUGGAGCUGAGUAUAACCGCAAGUGUUGUUACAUUUUCUGGACGUUAUUUGGUGGGGGGACUUGGCUACAUUUGUUCAUGUUAUUGCGGUCUUUGAUGGCCCUCGACGAGGAAGGCUGUUGCAUGGCCAGUAAUUUAAAGUGGAAUGUAAAUAAUUAUGUUGCAUAAAUUAAACAAAUGUUAUUGACAUGUGGCCAGGAGACACCACAACUACACAUCAUAUUAAAUUUUCAGUAAAUUACUUUACUUUAUUUGUUUGUCAAGAGCGAAGGCAGAGAUAGGGGAGAAUUAAAAUCCCUUUCUCUGCCAGCGACGAUUAUUUCCCAGAUACUAAAACAAAACAACAAAAGUGCAUUUUCCUUUUUUUAUUACAAGUUUAAUUGCUACUAUUUAAAAUUUGUUAACUCCACUCCACUGAGACAUCAUU